AUGCAUCACCAAAACAUUUUCUCUUCAGAUUUCUCCAAGGAAGCACCAAUAAGUUAUAACACUGAGGGUUUAACAGUUGUUUCAGUUUUAGUGGGAGUAGGAGCGGUUGCGGUAACAGCCAUCCUGGCCAGAGCAUUUCUAGGUCGUAUUCUGAGUAGAAAGAAAAAGCCACAAAUUACCCUCAAGGACCCAACACUCAGGUACCCGCUUAAGCUUGUUGAUAAAGAGAUAAUCAGUCAUGAUACUCGGAGAUUUAGAUUUGCAUUGCCAAGCAGCGAUCACAUUCUUGGGUUACCCAUAGGCCAGCAUGUAUAUCUGUGUGCCCGUAUUGAUGGCCAGUUAGUGAUACGACCUUAUACGCCCAUAUCCAGUGAUGAUGACAGAGGAUAUAUGGAUCUGUUGGUCAAGAUUUAUUUCAAGAAUGUUAAUCCCAAAUUUCCCGGAGGAGGGAAGAUGUCACAAUAUCUUGAAAGCAUGGAAAUUGGCGACUACAUCGAUGUCAAAGGUCCGGUUGGUUAUCUGGAGUAUGUAGGUCAAGGAACAAUUAAGAUCAGGACAGACAAAAAAGUUGAACCACAGAUAAAGAAAGCCUCAAACAUUGGGAUGAUUGCUGGAGGAACAGGUAUCACUCCGAUGCUGCAGAUCAUCAGAUACAUAUUCAAGGAUCCAGGAGAUAAAACAAUUGUUUGGUUGAUAUAUGCAAACCAGACAGAGAAGGAUAUUCUGUUGCGUUCAGAACUGGAGGAUCUCCAGAGCAGUCACCCGUCUCAGUUUCACUUGUGGUUCACAUUGGACAGGCCAAGUGAGAACUGGCAGUACAGCUCAGGUUUUGUGAACAGUGAAAUGAUGACAGCUCACUUAGCUCCCCCUGGCAAAGACACUCUCGUCUUCCUGUGUGGACCACCACUUAUGGUCAAUGUUGCUUGCAUACCCAAUCUGGACAAACUUGGAUACAAACCGGACAGCAGAUAUACUUUCUGA